UUUGGAGACUGACUUGUGAUUAAGUAAUAAAUGCAUAAUUAUGUAUCUAACUUAAUUAAAUCAAAGUUAACCAUAUAUUAAGUUGGUUCAUGUCUUAUCUCAAUGCCAAUGUCAUUGACUUUUGCUUCUCGCAGAGCUGGAUAAAAAUAUUUGCAACUUUGUCAUGGUCGGGUAUGGUGAACUGGUUUGAUCAUGAAUUUGUUGUCCUAGGAGUUCACUUUGCAUUGUGACAGAUCAGUUGUAACCUGAAAAAUGUCGAGAGCACUGAUCAGUCCCGAGUUACUUUCUUCCCAUGAUGAAGAAAAGUGUCUUGAAACUUUGAAGCAAUGCAUGAAAAGUAUCGUAGAAAUUUUAAACGCUUUGUUCAGUAAAAUAACAAUGGAAUAGCUUUGCAGCCUUCGGACCUUUGUUCACAGAUGAAUUUUUGCUCCAUUUCAUGCGUGGAAGGAAAUAUAGAGUGGAAAACACGUUGGAAACGCUCAAAAACUAUAUUCAAGUUCGAGCAAAGAAGUACCCAGAAAUAUUUCUACAUCUCCUCCCAUCCAGCAUAGUAAUUAAAGAAGACUGCAUUCGGAAAUUGAAAAUCGCUGGACUUGAUGGUGUCACAAUCUUCGCUACUCGUGUCGAGUGGUGGCCUCCGCUCGAUUCAGGUCAUGGAUGGGACGAAAUUAUUCCGAAAAUAGUUGUAGCCGCAGACAUGGUUUUGUUGGCUCCGAAAGGUAUGGAUCUUUUGAGGGUAGACUGCAUCGUUGAUAUGGAAGGAUUCAAUCGUCACCAUUUCCAAAGACUAUUUGGGAUUCGGCCUUGUAUCAAAAUGAUGAACCUUUUCUACAAAGCGUUUCCGCUAAGACUUCGAACGGUUCAUUUCGUAAAUUCGCCAUCGUGCUUUGACAUGUUCUUCGUUGUUGCGAAGAAAUUACUCCCAAAGUAUAUGAACAGGGUUAUCCUGCACUCUGGAAAUUUGGAUACCCUUCAUCGCUACAUACCUCGGGAUACAUUACCAACCUGCUGGAAUGGCAAAUUAUCUCUGGAAAACGCGAUAGAUCCAAAUUUUAACAAGGAUAUUUUAAAUAAUGAACAUUUUUAUGAAAAGCUGCAGCAGUGCAUUCGCAAAUAUAAUUUGAAAAAUUAAGCCAAGGAUACAUAAAUUUUUACAUUGUACAUAUUUACUGAUACCUAGCAUGGUGUGCAAAGUAGGAUGGUAACCUCAACGAGACUUUAGAAGAUGCAUCUCAUAAGUUGUAACAAUAUACUUAAUAAUUUGGCGUCAGGACGAUAACCCCUCCCCCAAAGGAUAAUCCCCGCCGGAGGCCCCCAGCCACAUUCUCAUCAAUCCUUCAUUACUAAACGUGUCAAAAUCGAGUGAAUUGUACUAUUGGAUACUACCAUAAUUUCUUUCAAUUUACUCUGUGAUGGUCAUUCUUAGCGUUUAUCAAUAAAGUAAUGACAUCGGGAAGUCUUUGAUCCCAAGAAACCUCUGCAAGGCUUGCUAAACUUGAGAUUCUGCGAGGGUGACUAAAGGUCAUCUACCGUAGCAUUGGACAUUCAACUCAAGUAUUAUUUGAGUCUUUUUGAAAUGAACGUAAAAACGUAUGUAGCUCCACAUUUUAGGACAAUAAUGUAAGAGGAGUAUAAAUACAGGACAGUGAUGUUGAAAGGAGAGAAGAUGAGAUAUAAUAAUUGCUGUACAUAAAUAUAUAUGUAACAUAUGUAUCUUACUUGCAGUUUUGUGCACCCCUCGAUAAUUAAAAAACCUAACCUAUGA